GUUCUUUGUUCUGUCCAGGGAGUGCGGGUUAGUGACAGGGUCCGGCAGGGCCUGGUCCGUGUCAAGCCCCCCUAAUCACCCGUCCCUACCCUUAGGCUCUUCCUUCGAAAGUUCCUGGCAAGGACAGUUUAGGGAAUGAGAUGUUAGCCGCCGCACUCCUAAAGGCCAAGUCCCAGGAGUUGGUGACAUUUGAGGAUGUAGCUGUCUAUUUUAUCCGGAAGGAGUGGAAACGUCUAGAACCAGCACAGAGGGACCUCUACAGGGAUGUAAUGCUGGAGAAUUAUGGGAAUGUGUUCUCACUAGAUGGAGAGAACAGAAGUGAGAAUGAUCAAGACAUUUCUGAAGAAACAGGAGCACAGGGUGUGCUCUUGGGAAGAUUCCAGAAGGGUAUUUCUCAGGGUCUUAAGUUUGAUGAAGCCUUUGAACAAGAAGUCAGUCUAAAGCAGCAGCUGGAGAACGCCUCUGGGGCAAAACUGACUAGGAAGAUACAAGGUUUCCGUCAAGUGGAAGCAGAGGGGAAGCUAACCCACGUGGGAGAGAGAAGUGAGAAAUAUGAUUUGGGGAAUAGCUUCACUGUGAGUUCCAACCAUAUUUCACAUCAGAGACUCCCUAUGGGAGACAGACCCCACAAGUGUGAUGAAUGUAGCAAGAGCUUUAAUCGAACUUCAGACCUUAUUCAGCACCAGAGAAUCCACACUGGGGAAAAGCCUUAUGAAUGUAACGAAUGUGGGAAGGCCUUCAGCCAGAGCUCACAUCUUAUUCAGCACCAGCGAAUCCACACUGGCGAGAAACCUUACGAAUGUAAUGACUGCGGGAAGACCUUUAGCUGUAGCUCUGCUCUUAUCCUUCAUCAGAGGAUCCACACUGGAGAGAAACCGUAUGAAUGUAAUGAAUGUGGGAAGACCUUUAGCUGGAGCUCCACCCUUACUCAUCAUCAGAGAAUCCACACUGGAGAGAAGCCCUAUGCUUGCAAUGAGUGUGGGAAAGCCUUCAGCAGGAGCUCCACCCUUAUUCAUCAUCAAAGAAUUCACACUGGAGAGAAGCCCUAUGAAUGUAACGAGUGUGGGAAGGCCUUUAGCCAAAGCUCUCACCUCUAUCAGCACCAGAGGAUCCACACUGGAGAGAAGCCCUACGAAUGUAUGGAAUGUGGAGGAAAGUUUACCUACAGUUCAGGCCUUAUUCAGCAUCAGAGAAUCCACACAGGGGAAAAUCCCUAUGAAUGUAGUGAAUGUGGGAAAGCUUUCAGGUAUAGCUCAGCUCUUGUUCGCCAUCAGAGAAUUCACACUGGAGAGAAGCCUUUGAAUGUAAUCAGCGUGAGCAAAAGUUCUCUCAGAGACACUGCUGAAUUCAACAUCCAAGAAUCUACAUGA